CAACCUUGGAGCCCUAUAAAUAUUCACCAUCGGAGAUCCUCCUUCACAUUAUCCUCUCUCCAAAAUGGCGCUUCGCAGAUCACUUUCGAAGCGCCUCUUCUCCGCCACCGCCCCUCAACCUCCGUCUCCGCCCCUCGUCCACUCUCAUCGGCCCUCCCCAGCCCACCGCCACCGCUCGCCCACCUUCUUCCGCCGUUUCCUCCAGCGCCGGGCGCUGAACAACCACUCCGCUCUCCCCUCUUUUCUGUCGCUCCCCAUCGGCGACAAGCUCAGGGAGAAGCUGAAGCCGAUGAGCGUCUCCGGCUACCAGCUCCCCUGUCUUGAAGUCGACAAGGUGGCGCCAGCGGAGGAGGGAGGAGUCUGCGUGAGCGUGGCGGACGCGAAGAGGGUGAUGAGGCUCGUGAAAAUGGAAGGUGUAAGAAAGAGGCUGAGGAAUAUUCCGGCGAGUACGGUACCGUACGGUGAGUUUUUAAGGAUAUGCGCUAAGGCAUUGGAUGAAUCCGGGAACGUCAUCGUUUUGGGUGCUCUUGUGUUUCUCCACCCGGAUCAUGUGGCAAAAUCAAUGGAGACACUAAUAUCCCAAGCAUUUGGCAUGCCGAACGACCCGAGAAGGAGAGAAUUGACAAAGCUGGAGCACCAAAAGGCCGUCAUCGACGAAAAAGCCCGAUCUCUCGUGCGGCGUGAACUCUACUGUGGGCUUGGCUUUGUUGCCCUCCAAACAUUAGGCUUCAUGAGGCUAACGUUUUGGGAGUUGAGUUGGGAUGUGAUGGAGCCCAUUUGCUUUUUUGUGACAUCUCUCCAUUUUGCAUUAGCCUAUGCCUUCUUUUUGAGGACUUCCAAAGAGCCCUCUUUUGAAGGCUACUUCCAUACGAGGCUUAGAGUUAAACAAGACAAGCUCUUCAACCUCCACAACUUUGAUGUGGAGAGGUAUAAUAAGCUUUGUGAGGCUUUUUAUCCUAAUCGAUACAACCACAAAUUUUUAUCCUAAUCGAUACAACCACAAAUUUUAUCCUAAUCUGAAUUAAGUGAGUUUGUAGUUCGGUUUAAGGUAUAUG